CCGCCUUCCCGUCACUUCCGGCCGCGGAAGGGCGGUUGCGGCGGGCUGUGCCGGCCCGGCUUCGCGGGCGAGGAGUUCGGCGGCCGCCAUGAACUUCUCCGAGCUGUUCAAGCUGUCCAGCCUGCUGUGCAAGUUCUCCCCGGACGGGAAGUACCUGGCUUCCUGUGUCCAGUACCGGCUAGUGGUCCGGGAUGCGAACACUCUUCAGGUCGUCCAGCUGUACACAUGCCUGGACCAGAUCCAGCACAUCGAGUGGUCGGCCGACUCGCUCUUCAUCCUGUGUGCCCUGUACAAGCGGGGGCUGGUGCAGGUGUGGUCUCUGGAGCAGCCAGAGUGGCACUGCAAGAUAGACGAGGGCUCGGCCGGGCUGGUGGCUUCCUGCUGGAGCCCGGACGGGCGCCACAUCCUCAACACGACGGAGUUUCACCUGCGGAUAACCGUCUGGUCCUUGUGCACGAAGUCUGUGUCCUACAUCAAGUACCCCAAAGCUUGUCAGCAGGGCCUGGCCUUCACCAGGGACGGCCGCUACCUGGCGCUGGCGGAGAGGCGGGACUGCCGGGACUACGUGAGCAUCUUCGUCUGCAGCGACUGGCAGCUUCUGCGGCACUUUGACACGGACACGCAGGACCUGGCGGGCAUCGAGUGGGCCCCCAACGGCUGCGUGCUGGCGGCCUGGGACAGCUGCCUGGAGUACAAGGUCCUGCUCUACUCCUUGGAUGGCCGGCUCCUGUCCACCUACUGCGCUUACGAGUGGUCCCUGGGCAUCAAGUCCGUGGCCUGGAGCCCCAGCAGUCAGUUCCUGGCGGUCGGGAGCUACGACGGGAAGGUGGGAGACGGCCCACGAGGCGAAGCCCGUCGCCGGCCGCUGGGCGGCUCUGACCCUCGCGGUUUUCCUCCCCAGGUGCGCGUCCUCAACCACGUGACUUGGAAAAUGAUCACAGAGUUUGGGCAUCCUGCAACCAUUAAUAAUCCCAAAAUAGUGGUGUACAAGGAGGCAGAGAAGAGCCCCCCUCUGGGGCUGGGCCGCCUCGCCUUCCUGCCACCCAGAGCCGUGGCCGGUCCCCUGUCGUCCCCAGAGAGCAAAUAUGAGAUCGCCGAGGUGCCCGUCUCCCUGCAGACGCUGAAGCCAGCUGCCGACAGAGCCAACCCCCGCAUUGGCAUCGGGGCGCUGGCCUUCAGUCCCGACAACUACUUCCUGGCGACGAGGAACGACAACAUCCCGAACGCCGUCUGGGUCUGGGAUGUGCAGAAGCUGCGGCUGUUCGCGGUGCUGGAGCAGCUGUCCGCCGUGCGCGCCUUCCAGUGGGACCCACGGCAGCCCCGGCUGGCCGUCUGCACAGGGGGCAGCAAGGUGUACCUGUGGUCGCCGGCGGGCUGCGUGUCAGUGCAGGUGCCCGGGGAAGGUGACUUCCAGGUGCUCUCCCUGUGCUGGCACUUAAGCGGGGACUCUCUGGCCCUCCUCGGUAAGGACCACUUCUGCCUGUGCUUCCUGGAGACAGAGGAGGGGGUCGGCACCGCCUCCGGGCAGCGGGGCGACCACACGUAGGGCCCUGCGUGGACAGGCCCGUGUGGGUGGCAGUGGGAACCGUGGGAAAGGACUGUGGUUUCUCGGGGCUCCUCAGGUCCAGAGGAAGUGAUUUGCUUUUAUUGUUUAUAGCAAAGCAUUUUUGUACAUAUGUAUGGUAUUAUUUAAAUAAAUAUUUGCUACUUCAUAAAA